AUGGCUCCCAAAAAGCGUUCAACAAAGUCAUCGACAGCUGCGAGCUCACGAAGGGAUGGAGAACCGCCAGCUCCGUUCAGAAAGCUGCCGGAGGUGCUGGCGCCUUUUGUCAAAGGGAUGUCUAAGAAGCACGUGUACAUUGCGCACAUUGACGGACAGAAGGCCGACUUCAAGCGCAAAAUCUUUUUGGUCCCGGUACUCAUGAAUAUUGCUGUUGUGGCAGCCUUUGUUUUCCGCAUGUAUUGGAUCCUGCCGUACUACUUUACGAUCUUGGUCAAGGCCUUGCUGCAGCACCCCUCCACCUUCCCCGGGGCAACGACAACGACGUGGUCGGACCUGGGCUGGGAGAUCGCAAAGCGCGGCAUCAGCAUGUUUAUCGAUCUGAUGCUCUUCGUCUUCGUCUGGCCGUGGCCGGUGGAAUUCGUGGCCGGGCAGACACACGGCAGCCCGGUCAAGUGGCGAUGGGCCGUGGGAUUUCGCGACAAGGAGAUUUACGUGCGGCGUAGCCGAGACUGGCAAGCGGUGCUGGGCGACGUCAUUGAGGAGCGAGAUUCCAACAAGAUCUUUACGGGGUACGUGGCGCAGGCUACGGCGCCGAUGCUGCAGGAGCAAAAGACGGGUUAUCUUUUGAUGAACAACAACUGGGACCUGGACUGGAAGCUCAUGGUGCGGGCGCACCGGAUGGUGGACAAGAAGGAGGCGGCGCUGGAUGUCUUUCGAAACCUGGUCCUGGUGCACCACGAGGAAUACGGGUGGCUGAGCUACGACUUGAAGCUGGGGGUGUCGACCGAGGAGGAGCAGAAGCGACGACAGGUGUUUGCGUUUCGCGACGCACUGUCGUCGAUGGACAAGGAAGACUUGUUCUUCCGCUGGGUCGAGAUUGUGCAGUUUGAGGCGACGCAGCCGGGCGGAUUCGGGCCUGAGAAGCAAGAGGCGGCUGCCAAGAGGAUUCGAGAGCUGUUUGAGGGACAAGGCGUCGACUUUGACAAACUCUGGAAGGAGACGGUGGGCGAGAAUGGUGACAAACUGGACUGA